CUGGGCUGCUCUGGCGGCGGGAGAAGCGCAUCUGUCGGAAGAGCCGAGCGUCCGACCGGCCACCUCUGAUAUAUUCCUUUUACUUCGCUGGAACAAAUUAGCUGGGGAACACUGCAGUUAUUAUUACUCCUUUUUUUUUCUCAUUUCUUGCCCGGACCAAAACUUAUCAUCCUUGGGUGCCUGGAUUUUACGCAGAGAUGUGGAGAUCAUGUACAAACACGAUCGUCUGCCUGUUGGUGGUGUGUCAGCACGUCACCGCACAGAGCAAGAUCUUUGGAGAAACGGAGCCGGUGCGCAUGACCUCAGAGGGCUCAGACUGCCGAUGCAGGUGCAUCAUGCGGCCUCUGACGAGGGAUGCCUGCAGCCGGCUCCGCAGCGGGAGCGCACGUCCUGAGGACUUCUACACCGUAGAGACUGUUAGCUCUGGCUCUGACUGCCGCUGCUCAUGCACAGCGCCUCCCUCCUCACUCAACCCUUGUGAGAAUGAGUGGAAGAUGGAUAAGCUGAAGAAGCAGGCACCGGAACUGCUAAAGCUGCAGUCCAUGGUGGACUUGUUGGAGGGAACACUGUACAGCAUGGACCUCAUGAAAGUUCACUCGUACAUCAACAAGGUUGUCACCCAGAUGAAUAAUCUGGAGGAGACUAUUAGGACCAACCUGACCAGGGAGAACGACUUUGUGAGGGAUAGUGUGGUUGCCCUAAAGGACCAGCUGAAACGCUAUGAGAACUACUCCGACAUCAUGGUGAGCAUAAAGAAAGAGAUCAACAGCCUGGGCCUCCAGCUCCUGCAGAAGGAUGCCGCUUCUCCGGACAGCAAAACUCAGGAAACGGCAGUGGGAAAAGGCAAAGAGACCACCAAGUACCCCAGCAAGAAGACACAGAGCUCUAAGCCACCCACGAAGCCAUCCAAAGAGAAGCCAGAGAAGCUGGCAAAGUCCAAGAAGGAGAGUGCGAGGCCUGCCAAGGCAGCCAAGCCUGCAGAUCCCACAGCCAAGGCUAAGGCAGCAGCCCAUCAGCCUGGCGUUAUCAGGGGCAUCACCUACUACAAGGCUGAGGACACUGAGCAGAGCUCCUCCAGCAGAGAAAAUGCCGGCAGAGCUCACAUUGCCAAUGUGGACAAGAUGGUACAAUCAGAGCACUGGUCCCACGGCUCUGAUACAAUCCCGGACAACACUGUAGCCCCCACAGCAGCACCAACCACCACAAGAAUCGCAACCACAACAAGCUCCACCACUAAGCCUGCGUCUUCCACCACAACUAUGACUGUAGCUGGACCAGAGAGACCAGCCCCAACCAUCGCGCUGGUGUUAGACAACUCUAACAACAGCAGUCGCACCUUUGAAAACCAAGCAGAGCCGGAAUGUGAGGGGACAAUUGCCUCUGUGGAGCUCCCCAAGAAACACCACAGUUACGGGCGAAACGAAGGAGCCUGGAUGAAAGAUCCAGUUGCCAAGGACUCUAAGAUCUAUGUCACGAACUAUUACUAUGGCAACAACCUCGUCGAGUUCCGGAACCUGGAAAAUUUCAAACAAGGUCGAUGGAGCAACCUGUACAAGCUGCCAUACAACUGGAUCGGCACAGGCCAUGUGGUGUACAAUGGCGCCUUCUACUACAACCGGGCCUUCACCAAGAAUAUCAUCAAGUAUGACCUGCGCAUGCGUUAUGUCGCGGCCUGGACGCUGCUACAUGAUGUGGUUUACGAGGACACAACGCCCUGGAAGUGGCGCGGCCACUCGGACAUUGACUUCGCUGUGGACGAGAGUGGCCUGUGGGUCAUUUACCCAGGCGUGGAUGACGACUACUCCCAGCAGGAGUUUAUAGUCAUCAGCAAGCUGGACCCAGGCGACCUGUCGGUGCGGAAGGAGACCACAUGGCGCACGGGACUGAAGCGCAACUCCUAUGGAAACUGCUUCAUUGUGUGUGGGGUGCUGUACGCCGUCGAUGUGUACAAUCAGAAGGAGGGGGAGGUGUCCUAUGCCUAUGACACGCACACUGGCACGGAGGCCUUUCCCCAGCUGGCCUUCGUCAACGAGCAUGCCUUCACCACGCAGAUUGACUACAACCCUAAGGAGAAGGUGCUGUAUGCAUGGGACAAUGGACACCAGCUCACCUACCACCUCAAUUUUGUGGAGCAGUAGCCUUGUUCGGACCCAUGGGACAGUCCCAGCCUGCUCCUCGUCCCUCAGCUCCCUCCUACGUGCAGCACUUUUCAGGCUGUUUCGUUCCUGUGCUCUCUUCAAUUUGCUGUGUGUGUACAUUACGUGUAAAGUUCUCCACACUCAGUCUCUUAAAAGAGACUCCCAGUUUUCAUAAUUAAUUGUGUUUUUUUUUUUUUUUUUUUGCAUUGAUAAACCCAUAUAAGACUUUUGUUUGCAUUGUCUUUGCUCAAACAACAGGACUACAUGGACAUUUUAGCAGAUAUUCUUUCAUAUUUUUCAAUAUGAAGAGACCACCUCCAAGCACUUCCUUCAGAUACAAAAAUGUUUCAU